AUGAGCAAGGAUAUUGGGGAUAUCGUUAAAGACUGUCUGCAAUGUGCUAAACACAGAACGGACAAAGCGGAACCCAUGGUUUCAUCAGUUACACCGGAACGCCCGUGGAAGGAGGUCGGAACUGAUCUAUUCUACUGGAAAGGCAAUAACUAUGUCUUGGUGGUUGAUUACUUUUCGCGCUACAUUGAAAUUAGCAAACUCAUGGGCACUACGUCACACAUCGUGGUUGAUCACCUGAAAUCCAUAUUCGCUAGACAUGGAAUACCAGAAAUUGUGCGGUCGGAUAAUGGCCCCCAAUAUUGCUCUGAUGUAUUUCGUCAGUUCUCUGCGGAGUACGGAUUUGAACACGUGACAAGUAGCCCUCGAUACGCCCAGAGCAACGGAGAGGCGGAAAGGGCAGUGCAAACUGUCAAGAGACUGUUGGCCGAAUCGAAAGACCCGUAUCUUGCAUUGCUCUCGUAUAGGACCACACCGCUCGAAACAGGACAAUGUCCUGCCGAACUAUUGAUGGAAAGGAAGUUACGUUCAACACUAGUGACACACCCAUCGCUCUAUAAACUCCAAUGGAGAAGUGAUACGUUCCGGAAACGUGAUACAAGUGAGAAGCAAAUUCAGAAAAGAAACUAUGACAAACGUCACAGAGCACAUGCUCAACAGGAGCUUAAGCCUGGCGACAACGUCUGGGUUAAAGGUACAAAAGUACCUGGAGAGGUGAAGUCAAACCAUCCAACACCCAGGUCCUACAUCGUAAAAACACGCCAGGGAGAAAUAAGGAGGAAUCGCAGAUUCUUGGUAAAAACGCAUAGCCCCAUAACGAUUGAACUAAUGGAAAGUGCACAUGAUGAAGAGUCACCGACAACCGACUAUGGAAGCCAUGAGUUGCCUCGAGACGACGCUUCCGAUUAUCCAGCAGUCACACGUACACGAUCUGGACGAAUAUCCAAACCACCCGAUAGACUGGAUUUAUAA